GUAUAGCGUACGUGACGGGCCAAGCAGUUAGCGCAGUCUUCCUCAGAAAGCUCCCCGGUUCGUGUAGCUGGCUGCCCGCAUCAUGUUCAGAGCCGCCGUCCGACUCUCGGUCUCCGGUGUGCGGAGUUUAACCCGUACACAACCAGGGUGCCAAGCUCUUUUGGCCUCAAGGUGUUACUCCCAUGGGAAGCAGGAGACAGAUGAGGAGUUUGAUGCCCGCUGGGUCACCUAUUUCAACAAGCCAGACAUCGAUGCAUGGGAGCUGAGAAAAGGGAUGAACACGUUGAUUGGUUAUGAUCUCGUACCUGAGCCAAAGAUUCUCGAAGCGGCACUGAGAGCCUGUCGGAGGUUAAAUGACUUGGCCAGCGCUAUCCGAAUUUUGGAAGCUGUGAAGGACAAAGCCGGCCCUCAUAAAGAUAUCUACCCAUACCUGAUCCAAGAGCUGAAGCCAACAUUAGAGGAGCUUGGCAUCUCUACACCCGAAGAGCUCGGCAUUGACAAAGUGUAGAUGAAUCUAACGACGGUGGAUAUCCCCUUGACACACAAACCUUGUACUUAAAUGUUUGCCUCCUGUAAUACGUGUGAUAUUUAAUUUGGCCUUUAUUAAGUGCUUUUGCUUGUAAAAUAUUGAUGAACCUAAUAAAGGAAAAUGUAUCUUUAUUGAGUGUCACAAGUAUGUUUGGGAUAUUUUAAAUAGUUUGAUUACUUAUUGAAGCAAUACAUUCAAUUCAUUCAAGUUGCUUUAAUAGAGAGCAGAGCCUCACUUUAUGGUGCAUGUUGUUCCGUGAGUGUCUGGACGUUCUUGUGAGAAUCACAUUUUGCCACCAGGGAGCAGCGUUUUCACAUGAAUGUAAAAAUCAUUUUACUGUAUCAAUCUAUAUUACAUCUGUUUUCAUUUCAGGGAAAAUGUACAUGCUGGUAAAAUAAACUUGUUCGAAUGACAAA